AUGUCAGGCUCGGAUUCGCUAAAAGAUGGACUCUCAUUACCCCCACCGCCCAUCGAUAAGCGACUCAGGCUUCCGGAAGGUCAGAAUGCAAUAGCGACCAAGAGCAAGGCCAGUAAUGCAAAGACAAAGAAGGAUUAUCGAGGCUUCGUAGCUGGAGUAUUUUCAGGGAUUGCGAAACUGAGUGUUGGCCAUCCGUUCGAUACUAUAAAGGUUCGGCUGCAAACCACACAAAGCACACGUUUCAAGGGUCCGCUAGAUUGCCUCUUGCAGACCCUGCGUAACGAGGGCGUCACAGCAUUGUAUAAGGGCGCCACGCCCCCUCUCAUGGGGUGGAUGGUCAUGGACUCCGUACGGUUGCUGUUCGAACACGUUUUCAGCAACCAGAGACUGCGGACGAUUAUCCCGUUAGCGAGCAAAGAUACACCGGACAGGCUUCCAGCCUUUGGCCACGGAAUUGCCGGAAUCAUGGCUGGCUCGACGGUCAGCUUCAUAGCGGCUCCUGUAGAACAUGUCAAAGCUCGACUGCAGAUUCAAUACGCAGCGGAUAAGAAGCAGCGACUAUACAGCGGCCCGGUCGACUGCACGAGGAAAAUUCUCCGCCACCACGGUAUCCGAGGCCUUUAUCACGGUCUUUGCUCGACACUGCUAUUCCGCUCUUUCUUCUUCUUCUGGUGGGGCACGUAUGAUAUUUUCUCGCGAGUGAUGCAGAAGUACACCAAGCUUUCCGCACCCGCAAUCAACUUCUGGGCUGGCGGCCUUUCAGCGCAAGUGUUUUGGAUCACAUCAUACCCAUCCGAUGUUGUAAAGCAGCGUAUCAUGACGGAUCCAUUGGGAGGCGGGCUUGGUGACGGCGAGAGGAAGUUCCGGCGGUGGAAGGAUGCAGCAAUCGCCGUUGGAAGAGAAAACGGCUGGAGGGGUUACUGGCGAGGGUUCCUGCCAUGCUUUUUAAGGGCGUUCCCUGCGAAUGCCAUGGCGUUGGUGGCCUUUGAAGGGGUGAUGAGAUGGUUACCGUAA